GUAUUCCAGCAGAUUUCUAUCAAUCCGAGUACUAUUAACCUAAAUUUAUUGCCAUAUGGCGUUGACCAUAACAAAAACGGCAGUGUGUGAUAAUACCAUACGUAGAAUUGAUAAUGUAGCGAUCGACUGAACAUUAUUCCAAUGAAAUUUGCAGAAAACAUUGGCAGAAGAAACAGAUUAGCACUUAUAUCCAUAUUGAUGUUGAUCUUUUUUUUCUUCAACUGUGGUUUCAAGUCGUGUUCAAUUUGCUUCAUUUUUGCAUACGAGUUCAAAUAUUUUAUCCAUGUUGCCGUAAAACACAGCAAUACUGUUAUAUGGAUUGCUAGCAAAAGUACGUGGAAAUAUCCACUAACAAAUAUGUUGGGUGGAAUAAAUUUCCAGUUGACAGACCAUUUGUACAUAAAAACUCUGGACAAAUCAAAUGCACCUUUAAUAUAAUUUUUUGGGUUGCUGAUUAAAAAUGGUAAACCCAAUAUUAGCUGUACAGCAGCGCAGUAUGUUAUAUGUUUAAUAGUUCCAUAGGCUCCAAAUUUAGUUAUAUAUGCUGUUAAAAGUGCAGGCGAGUAAAGUAAAAUAUUCAUUUUGAUCGAAACUGCUAGGCUGUAUAAAAUACUACCAAUUGUCCAUUUGUUCUUUAAAAACAUGUAAACUGAUAAGUAUAAUAGGAUAACUGCAAUGGGAUCGUUAAAUAGACGCAACACAUAAAUAGAAUGAAUACGAUAUGAAGAGAAACACUGUAAUACUAUCACAAAAGGAGGCACUUUUUUGCUGCGUUCGUGAAUUUUGAACACCAAGUAAAUGUUUAUUAAAUAGAAAGCCAUGAAUAUGUACUGACCUGUCACAAUAUUCUUACCGUAACCGGUUAAAUAAUAUAGCACCGAGAAUAUAUAAACAAACCCAGCUGGGUAAACUAGCGGACCUGUAUCGCCUUUGAGUUCGCCGUAAUCAAAUGUACCGUUGACCACAACGCCUUCUACUUCUUGCAUGUAUGCUUUCCAGUCGAUUUCGGUGUAUCUGACUGUUUGAAUAACGUAAAUAUUUAACACAAAUUCGAUGGCCAUAACAAUCCAUUUUAUCGACGACGUAAACGAGGGGUCGAAUAGAUAUGAUUUGAUGUGUUCCGGCGAACCGUAAGUUUUCAGGCAUUUUUUCCACAUUACAAACCAACACCUAGUUAAACGUCUCCCAGAAUAGCCAAACGCAUCGACAUUAGAUACGAUUUUUUUUUAUUUGAAAUUCAGAGGACUCGAGAUUGAGAUUAUAGAAUUCCGAGAAUUAAUGUAAAAAUUGAUAUUAAAAUCCACGCAGAGAUCUAAUAAGUAGUAUAAUAAUCAAAUACCUUUAAUCUCACGUGUAAACUGCAUACAGACCGCAGACGGCUGCAGCAUAGGAAUAUACGGUUUUGAUAACAAUAUUUUGGUACUUAAUGAUAGGACGAAUAGAUACACUUUUCCCAAAUUACCAAUUGACGAUUUUCUUAUCAAAAAGCGGAAUUUGUACUGAUACGGACGGCAGAUUACCGAGUGUUGACACUCGCUCGUCCCGUUUACCCAUAGAAUAACCCAAAAAUAUUUUAGGUUUGCAGACUACAGUCGAGAAGGAAGAUACAGUCUUUAUGUUCAAUUAAAAAUAACUGAUCGUAUUUACACAACGAUAGAACAUAUUGCUAAUCCAAAGAGUAGAAGACAUGUCACCAAAAGAAGAAGAGAACAUUCGGGCUGUGGUCAAUCAAUGUGCCGGACGCGGCGUACAAGUCUCCGAACAAUUGGCUUCCAUCGUCUACAACGGCACGUUAUUGAACCCUCACGUGAACACCAGCUUAAACCAAAAACCGACCGACAACAAAGUGGUACGGUUCGUGGACCAAUGCGUGGACCGCCUAUGCGAUCUCGACGAUACGGGCGUCAUGUGUAUAAAAGCGUAUUUACUUGUCUACGACACAUACAAAAGCAGGGAACACGUGGUCAGCACCGUGCACACUGAUAGCGAGCAACGGAUUAAACCUUUAAUCGAAGAAAUCGUGCAAUCCGUUUGCACGACAGAAGACGAAGCCGGCGCCUUUUACCGCAGGAUAGUACAGUACAUCAUAUUGGUCAACUACAUGGGAAAUCCAGUUUCGCCGUCGUGCAUUAAGGAAACUGCAGACGCACUAAAUAUUGUCUUUAAACAAAGCGACGUACGGAAUUUUGAAAACUUGCCAACUACGGCGAAACAAUACAAAUUAAACGAACUUACAAGAAUGGUGUGCGGCAUCAGACUAUACGAAUCGGAUCGGAAAGCCAGCAAAGAAGGAAUACUGGAUUUGGUCGAGACGUUACCAAAAGCGGUAGAUUUACUUCUGCGGCACUUAGAUCAGAGCGAUUGCGGCAAAGCUAUAGCGACAUUGACAAGUCGUAUAAGACAAUGCUACAGGGUGGACGACGACACUCUAGCUCCGCUGUUUAGCGUCAGAACUAGCCUAACGACCGUCGGCAAUGCGGAUCUUUUAAAGUACAAAAUGAUUUUGGCGUUUUACCAUCAAUACGCUACCGGUUUAAAAAUUAUCGAAUCGGAUUUAGUCAGGUGCCAAGAGCAAUUGCCGGCGUUGAUAAACGAAUACAACGCGACUAUGGAGAAAAUAAACACUAAUAUGAAGAACGCUACGACUAUGGGGACGGACUUGUCCAAGUUUAAUAUAAAGACCGAAUUAAUGGCGGUAUCCAAGGUAUGGGACGAGAUGAUCGCAACGAUGAACUAUUUAAGUGUCACGACCAACAUUAUUAUGACCAUGAAAUGCUUAGCACGUAAAAUAAACGAUAAGACGGCUAGACUAAAUGUAACCGAAUCAAGCCAAUCGGUUGUCAAUGAAUUGUUCCCCGUUGUUGGCGAACAACGCCAACGGGAAAUGGUGGAAAAACACUCUUUGCACCCAAUGUGUACGUGGUAUCCACCGUCAUCGAACGUGGACAGGACAAGCUUAUUUGCCGACGGAUACUGUAUAGUAAUGCUGGUGGAAACGGACGGCACACUGAUGAAACACGACCGACGAAUAGGUUUUAUAAAUUACUGCGACGAAUUAUUCGGAUUUACUUGUAUCCAAGCGGCACUUCACUUCGGCACCAAACCAGAGCAUUACAAAAACUGUUUUGUUAAUUUGCUGAGAUCACAGACACAUUUAUUGUUAUUUUUUCAUAUGUACGAACAAGUAGUAAAUUUACCUUACACGACUGCAGAACAGAUGCAUUACAAUUAUCGCACUGCCAAGUACAAAAAUGCCCAAGUGCAGUACGACAUGACCAUUGUACAAAGUUUCCCUCUGGGAAAACCAGAAAUAUGUCAAAACCGUCGGGCGCCAAAACUAAUUAGCAUAGCAGAAAUGACCACCCGUAGCGUACAGACUCAAGAUACAGUUCAGGUGCAGACAGUUUCGUGUACAGACGUUGGAGUGAACACAAUGAAAGAAAAAAGUACAAACACAAAACCCUACGGAACGGCCAUGUACGAUGAUACAGACGACCUAGCGUACUCGUCCAGGAUUGUACUGCCGAGUAAAAAUUGGAUGCACAAGUUCAAGGAUGAAAAACAAAUAACAAUGAUACAUUAAAGUAUUUAGUUUAAUUAUAAUUGCAUUUAUAAUGUAAAUUGUUGUCUUAAAAUUAUUGUAAAGUACUCUAAAACACAAAAAUGUUUGUAAAUAUAAUUGUUUACAAAUACAAUUUUACAUUCAA